AUGUUGUUAUACCUGUGGAGGUGUUGCUCGGUUAUGCGGAGAGUAUUAAAUUACACUCUUCAUGGUAUAUUCAGCUACAUUCAUCAUCUGGUAAUUCCGUCCAGACGUGAAGAGCCUGAUGAUCUUGAGCGGUGCAGACAACCCUCAGCAAGCAAUGGCAUCGCCGAGAAGAAAGAUCAAAUCAUUUUGCCCGGCGAACCAGCAGAUCCGGUCCCUUAUGAGCCUCAUUUUGAUGAAAUUCUAGGGCAAGGCUCUACUUCGUUGAUAGCAAGAAAGAGACCAGGUGUCGUCCUGAAAUGCCCUAGGUAUUCGUGGUGGCACGCUGGAGUAUCGAAUGUCCACCCCUUUGUGAAGGACAUCAAACGAAGCUUUGAGGUUGAAGAACGAAUUUUGGAAAUAUUAGGGGCACACCCUAGGGUAACACGGUAUAUCAGGCCGAAAUAUAUCGGUAUCUCGGAGGAACCUCGUGGAUUGCUCUUCCGAGAAGCUAGCGAUGGUAAUUUACAGGCUUACAUUGACCAACACAAUGACAAUAUCGAUCUACCUCUUCGAUUAAAGUGGUGUCUUCAGGCAGCGGAAGCUAUCCACUAUAUUCACCAAAAAGGCGUCAUUCAUUCUGACCUGCGGCCAGAGAAUUUUUUAUUACAUUCUGACUCCAAAAGCAAACUCGAUCUUCUGCUCUGCGACUUUGGAGGAUCAACAAGUGGUGACAUCGAUGGUGGACAUCUUCCUGACUCGGGCUUUUUCAAUCCAUGCAGGCCAUGGGUCUCAACAGAGGAAGUGGACAUAUUUAGCCUUGGGUCAAUUUUCUACACGAUCAUGACCGGACAUUGGCCCUAUAAAACACCUGGGCCAUUCAGAUCCGUGGCAGAGAAGAGCGACUACGCAGAAAUGGUAGAUGAACUUUUUGCGUCUCAAAAAUACCCUCCGAUCGAUUGUCUACCUGGUGGCACUGUGAUACAAAGAUGUUGGACAGAACAAUAUCGUGAUGUGCGGGCACUUCUCCACGAUGAAGCUUUUCUUUCAAUAACGGGAAGGGCUCCAACGACGGCU